AACGAAAGAAAGAAAGAAAGAAAGAAAGCGUAGAGGGGGGGGCAGAGGAAGGAGCCCUAAUGAAUUCAACGUCGCGGUGUUGGCGCGAAUGCGACCGCUUACAUAGCAAUUAAAAGAUUUUCAUUGCGAUUUUGGUCAAAUUUUGUGACUGGUGGUCGCUUUUCUUUCACCUCCAAUAGUCGGCGACGUCUGCAGCUAGCUUCGUUAGCACCUUAUUUAUCAUUGUCACAUUAAUCUGCUCCCCCUUUUUUCUUUCCUCCGGCGGUCGGAGUCACGGUACUAAUAAUAACUGAGCAGCACCGGGACAAUAGAGGAGUAUUUCCCUGGAAGAAAACGAUAAGUCACAGCUGUAAAAAAAAAUGGGGAGGAAAUCCAACAAAGCGAAGGAGAAGAAAGCCCGGCGUCUGGAGGAGAGGGCAGCGAUGGACGCCGUGUGUGCAAAGGUGGACGCAGCCAAUAAGCUUGACGAUCCUCUGGCUGCUUUCCCAGCCUUCAAAAAGUACGACAGACAUGGGUUGAACCUGCAGAUCGAGUGCAAGAGAGUGACCUCGCUCAACCCGCUGGCCGUGGAGUGGGCCUUCGAACUCACCAGAGCCAACAUGCAGACGCUAUAUGAGCAGAGCGAGUGGGGAUGGAAGGAGAGGGAAAAGAGGGAGGAAAUGAACGACGAGAGGGCGUGGUACCUGCUGGCCCGCGACGCAGACUCCACCCCCCUGGCCUUCUCCCACUUCCGAUUCGACGUGGAGUGCGGGGAAGAGGUUUUAUACUGCUACGAGGUGCAGCUGGAGAGCAAAGUGCGGAGGAAAGGGCUCGGAAAGUUCCUCAUCCAGAUACUGCAGCUCAUCGCUAACAGUACGCAGAUGAAGAAGGUGAUGUUGACGGUCUUCAAACACAACCACGGGGCUUACCAGUUCUUCAGAGAAGCUCUACAAUUUGAGAUCGACGAAACCUCGCCGAGCAUGUCCGGUUGCUGCGGCGACGACUGCUCCUACGAGAUCCUAAGCAGGCGGACCAAACACGGCGAGGCGUCCGCUGGCCACACCCACGGCGGCGGCCACUGCGGCGGCUGCUGCCACUGAUGGGCGACGACUUUCGAAAGCUGUGCGUGUGUGUGUGGAUGACGGAGCGUUUUUCUGGGUUGGGUGGUUGAACGGUGUCAGAAACGAGCCGCAGGUGGAAGUCCUGAUGCUGAUGAGCUUUUUUUUCAGGAUUCUGUUUUGUGUGCGUUUGUUUUUAUUCCUGCUGCAAAGUCGGAAAGCAGCUCAAGCUUUUCUCUCUUCACCCAACUUAUUGACCCGCUCCCUCUUUUUUUUCACCUCCACCCACUCAUUGCCGUUCGUAGAUAUAUUCCCGUCUCUUCAUGUUCUGCCGUGUAACGAGUCGUUUUGAUUCUUUGAUUCUGUGGCUUAAGACCCGAUACUGGUGCUGGUUCAGCCUCUAGUCAGUUGAAAAGCUUUAAAUCAUGUCCUGACUCAAGACAGCAGGUGUGAAACUUGAAUGAGUUGUCCAGUUUGUGUAGACAAGCUGCAGCUUCUUGACGAUGGACGUUUCUCCCUGCCUUACGGAAACGGUCACAGGAUUGCUAUAAUCUGCUCAGUCCCCCAUCAUUCCCCGUUUUGUACUUGCAUAGAAGCUGCUUUAAUCCCAAUUUUUCUUUAUUUUAUUGCCAUUUUUAAUCCAGAAGUUUAGAUUACUUAUCCUUGUCCUCCUCUCUUUUAGCGCUUUAUGACGCUGAAUCGGUUUCCCACACUCCAGUUUCUCCUCUGUGCCUGAAAGUUCUGGAAAAUCCUUUCGACCAUUUUGCCUCGUUUUUCAGAGGUCCAGAUAUCAGUGUUAUAAAUCCACAUUUUGAGUUCAGAUCAGAACUCGCCACAGGUGGAACAACUAUAUAGCAAAAAACCUGAAGUGGUUGCACAGCUUAAAAACUAACCCACAGAGAAAUAAAACACAAAAUCUUACAAAGUAUUUUUUUUUGGUCUAGUUUCUUGUGCAAAUAUCUUGGUACAUUUUAAAUGAGAUAAAACUAACCUACAAGUAAUAUUUCGGUCAGAUAUAGGAGCUUGUUUUAAUUAAAUAAUUCCUUUAAUAUUGAUUUUUAAAAAGUAUUGGUUCCACUGGUAGGUUUUUUUCACUUAUUAUGAGAAAAAUGCUUUGUGAAAAGUGAAAUAAUCUGUCAGUGGAACUCCUUUUUUUCUUUGUUUUUGCAGCGUACAUGCAGGGUCAAAUAUUCACAUACACUCCUAUUAAUAGCCGUUUGUACCUCAGUCACAUCUGACAUCUUAUUAGACAUUGUAGAGUUUGUUUAUAUUGGUUGAUUUCUUGGUACAAGUUUGAUGUUGGUCCGGUUUAGCCUUCAGACCCAGUUUGGACCCGUGUUUUCUUUUAUCUUUGACCUGUUGGAACAGGUUCUCGACUCCCAAGUUUUAACCAUCUAGCUCGACAAUUUGUCAUUUUGGAACUGGGACUUUCAUGUUGGAAGUAGAAAAUAUAAAGAAACAGGUUACUAUUAAGCUCCAACUUUGACAAUUUUUACAUCUGAGGAUUAUUUGAGGAGUUUCAUAGAAGCUCUUCCAUUUCUGAUACAAAUUGUGGGAAAAAAUCCACCCAGAAUUAAACCAGAACGUUGUUGAUUGCUCCACACAACAAUUGAGACAUUCAGUUAAUAAACCAUAAACAUGCAUGUAAAUAUGAGAUCCUGUGUUUAGAGUUGAGCACCAAAUUCUGAUUUUAUUUGCCGUAUAAUCAAUUUACUCUGGAAAAAGAACGGCAUCAGUAAAUGACUAAAGAGCCAACAGAAAUAAAACGUUCACGCAGUCGCCUAAAAUCAUAUUGAUUCUGGCCAGAAUCGGGUUCAGAGGAUUGUUUGCAUGGAAGCUAAGCGUCAUUCCUUCUCCGUUCCCCAGUGUUAACUUGUUUUCAGCGUGUUGAUGAAUGGUAAAAACUGGUCCAACAGCAGCUCUGAAAUUCCUUUUGCAAAUUUUCUAAACCAGCAGAAAUAAGCCAAAACGUGCAGCUGCAUAAAAUCUAGACUUCAUUUAGAGGUGCAGUAAGUUCUGCACAUGUGCAUGACAUUUGUCUGACCAAAAAGUAAUUGUUAAAUCGUUUUAAGGUUACUUUCACAUCCAUUUAUUUAAAAAAAGAAAAAAAAAAAAAAAACAUGAAGGUGGUUCAUGUGCUAUUACAAAUCAGAAACCCUGUUUUUUGCUUCUUCUUUUUCUCCCUCCAGAAGCUCUUUGGUUUUACAUCCAGUACUGUUUGUUUUAAAUGCAUGCAUGAGGAGUAGAUGGGAAGUUUCUCCAUCCAGCAUCAUGAUGAGGGUGUUAGGUUGGUACGUUUUUUAAGGUUUUUUUUGUUUGUUUGUUUCUUUCUUAAGCGGUUCUGUCAAGUUUUUGUACGGUUUUGAUGCCUGUUGUAAAAUGUGAAGCUGGAAGCGGAAAUGUGAAAAACUACACAGGUCAGAAAGGUCAUGAAUCACAAAAAUAACCGCAUGGCUGACAGAAUAUGAAGUGAGACUUGCUGAUUGUUUCCCAACUAAAAAAGAAAAAAAUUUUCAGUCUUUUUCAGUGAUCAGGAAAAGGACAAAAGGAGCAGGCAACAUGCUUAUUUCUAUUAUAACUCACAUUUUUGUACCAUGUAGGUCACGAUUAGAUCAAUGCUGUUCUGCAUAGUCUCUCUCUCUCUUUCUCAGGUCAGUCAAUCAUCUUUUCAGCUUCCUGUUGGCUCUGAUCUGGAGUCGGUUUCAUGUGUAAAAGACUUUAAACACAACCUGAAUAGUGAAAACACUGAAAUCCCUGUAAGUAACUUGUUCGGUUUUAGUUUGUUCCAGUUCCUUUAAAAAUGUGACAUUGCAUGAGAGUAAAUUUAGAUCUGCUGCAGGCUGUUUCUGUUUUUUUUUUUUAUAAAAACCCUCACUGGGGAUUGAGGAGGAUUUCUGUAACCAGUUUGUUUUGAAUCCAGUGAGUAUUUUUGGUUUCUUCAACAUCCUUCUCUUCAUUUUUGUUUCCUCUCUGUACAUAAGUAUAAAUAUAUAUAAGCUGUUGUGGAUCCAUCCUCUCGUCUCUUCUCGGCCUUUUAGGGGCGAAACGCUUUUUUUAAAAAAAACGUGAUGUUGAAUUAAAACAAACGCCAUGUUUGAGAGUCCUUGUUUCAGUGACAAUGAAAGGGAAAGUCAUUCUGCCUUGUCAGUGUUUUAUUUGUAUGUUACAAAUAAAGGAAAGUUGUCUGACUUCAUAAGAAA